AUGCCUGUUGCUAUCGUCACUGGAGCUUCGAGAGGAAUAGGGAGGGCCAUUGCUCUCAGACUUGCAGACGAUGGCAUGGAUAUUACGAUCAAUGACCUCGACAACCAGGCAACCCUUCUUGAAGAAGUCAGGUCGCAGGUCGAGCAGAAAGGUCGAAAAUGUCUGUGUUUUGCCGCCGACAUUACCGACGAAAAUCAAGUGCGAGACAUGGUGACACAGACUGUCAAGGCUAUGGGAGAUCUCACGGUUAUGGUGGCCAAUGCCGGCAUCAUCAUGCCCAUGUCAAUGAUGGAUACCGACUUAGGCGAGUUCAGUCUCGCAAGUCGGGUAUAUUUGUCCGGCACGGUCGAGUCUAACGGUGGCUCAGCUCGUCAGAUGAUCAAACAGGGUAAAGGAGGACGCAUCAUCGGAGCCUCAUCUCUGGCAGCCUACCGACCGUCCCACGGAUCGACCCCCUAUGCAGCCAGUAAGUGGGCGGUUCGUGGACUGACUCAGAGUAUGGCCUACGACUUGGCGGAACACGACAUCAACGUCAAUGCAUACUGCCCGGGGCCGGUUGAUACUCCGAUGUGGGAUCAGAUCGAUGAAGCUUUGGCCAAGGGACAAGGUCUGGCCAAGGGUGAAGCGUUUGCAAGAUCCGUCCAGGCUCGAUGUGGCUUGAAGAGACCCUCGGCACGUUCGGUCCCCGAUGAUAUCGCUGCCAUGGUAAGCUUCAUGGCAGGUCCGGGUGCGCGAAACAUCACCGGGCAAGCCAUGAUUGUAGAUGGAGGUAAGCAUCUACCCUCUGUUUGA